ACGACACAGGAUCGAUCACACUGACCAGAUAAUAACUUGCAGUUUGUCAACACAAAAUGUGAUUUCAUUAGGUAGAGACUUUCAUUUAUUUACUGUAAAAAAAAUAGUAUUAUUCUUAUAAAUACAUAAAUCCGUCCUGGUGCUGUUCAUUGACAUUUAUCUCUGUAGGAAUGGAGCAUUUCUCCUGUCACUGUGCGUAAAAAGCAGCAGCCUCCAGAGCGCAGACAGACAGAGCUCUGCUAAUACUUCUUCUGCUUCAAAUAAAAAAAAAAAAAAAAAAAAAAAAAAGCUCGUUUCAAAUUUGGGGGGGAUCGUCGUGAAUUUUGUUCUUUCCAAGAAAAAAAAAAAAAGAAAAAAAGAAAGAUCUUUAUUAUUUGGUCCGCCUGCGUUUCUCCUCUCCGCCUGGUUCCGCGCUGCGGAGCUGCAGUGAUGUCAGCCUGCUGCCUGCUGCCUGCUGCCUGCUGCCUGCCUUCUGGGUCAUCUGAAGGUCAGCAGCCUCCGAAGGGUUCAUAGAAAGUUCACUCGCAUAUAUUAGGCAAUUCAAUCUUUCAUUCUCAGUGUGCAAAACUAGUUGGAAAUGAGCUGCACGGGGGGACGGAGAACCCAUUCGUCAUCGGAGAGGAGAACGGGAGCUUUUUAAACGCAGUCCGGGUUGUUUUUUGUGAUAAUAGAAAAGAAAAGAUCCUCCAGUUUCAGCAGCGGGCUUUACGCGCUGCUGCUGCUGCUGCUGCUGCGCACCACCGGGACGGAGAGACUCAAUGAACACAACGUCUGGAUAUUAUUAUUAUCAUUAUUAACAUUAUUAUUAUUAUGAUGAAGAAGAAGGAGUCCCGAUCACACGUCCUAACUGGACACGGUGCGAGGAAAUGGCACAUUUAGAAGAGGAAGAAGAAGAAGAAGAAGAAGAAGCCUUUUGGAGCAUUUUGGUCCCAAAUAAUUCAUGAUUCCGGUGCGGGACGAAGGAGAACAAGAGGAGAGAAAUCCACCGUGCCAAGAAGAAGAAGAAGAAGAGGUGGUGGAGGAGGAGAGGAGGAGGAAGAGGAGGAGGAGGAGGGGGGAGAAAAAAACCCAGCAGAGUUUGAUGGAGUUGUGUUGCGCUUAUUGCCCGGUGAUAUUUAUCCAUAACGCACCAGACUGUAGUUGAGCGCUCAUGAUGUUUGACUGCAUGGACGUGCUGGCCGUGAGUCCCGGGCAGAUGUUGGAGUUCUACACGUCCAGCAGUCCGUCGUCCUGCAUGCUGCAGGAGAAGGCUCUGAAAGCCUGCAUCAGCGGACUGGCGCACAGAGAGUGGCACCACCGCCGGAGCGCACACUCCAUCGAAACGCAGAGCACCAGUUCUGAGGAGCUCGUCCCCAGCCCACCGUCCCCGCCGGCCCCUCCCAGAAUCUACAAGCCCUGCUUCGUCUGCGCGGACAAGUCCUCUGGAUACCACUAUGGUGUCAGUGCUUGUGAGGGCUGCAAGGGUUUUUUCCGCCGAAGCAUCCAGAAGAACAUGGUGUACACGUGUCACCGGGACAAGAACUGCAUUAUCAACAAGGUGACGAGGAACCGCUGUCAGUACUGCCGCCUGCAGAAGUGCUUCGGAGUGGGAAUGUCCAAAGAGUCUGUUCGAAAUGACCGGAAUAAGAAGAAGAAGGAGAGCCCGAAGCCGGAGCUGGCAGAGAGCUACGAGAUGACAGCCGAGCUGGAGACCAUCAUUGAAAAGAUCCGUAAGGCCCAUCAAGAAACCUUCCCCUCCCUCUGCCAGCUUGGCAAAUACACCACGAACUCGAGUGCAGACCACCGUGUGAGGCUGGACCUGGGCCUGUGGGACAAGUUCAGCGAGUUGGCCACCAAGUGCAUUAUCAAGAUCGUGGAAUUUGCCAAACGAGUGCCUGGCUUCACAGCGCUGACCAUCGCGGACCAGAUCACGCUCCUGAAAGCUGCCUGCCUGGACAUUCUGAUCCUGCGCAUCUGUACGAGGUACACCCCCGACCAGGACACCAUGACCUUUUCGGACGGGCUGACCCUGAACCGGACGCAGAUGCACAACGCUGGCUUCGGCCCGCUCACCGACUUGGUGUUCACUUUUGCCAACCAGCUGCUGCCCAUCGAGAUGGACGACACGGAGACAGGCCUCCUCAGCGCCAUCUGUCUCAUCUCUGGAGACCGUCAGGACCUGGAGGAGCCCUCCAAGGUGGACCAGAUGCAGGAGCCGCUCCUGGAGGCCCUGAAGAUCUACGUGAGGAAGCGUCGGCCCAGCAAACCGCACAUGUUCCCCAAAACCCUGAUGAAGAUCACAGACCUGCGCAGCAUCAGCGCUAAAGGAGCGGAGCGGGUCAUCUCUCUGAAGAUGGAGAUCCCGGGUUCCAUGCCACCGCUCAUCCAGGAGAUGCUGGAGAACUCGGAGGGCCAAGACGGCAGCAGCAGCAGUAGCUCUAGCAGCAGCAGCAGCACUAGCAGCAAAAGCAGCAGCAAAAGCAGCAGCAAAAGCAGCAGCAGCAGCAGCAGCAGCACUAGCAGCACUAGCGGGAGCAGCACUUCGGCGGAGGCGGCGGCCAGCCCCAGCAGUAAGGGCAGCCCCAAGGAGGACGCCGCUGCCGCUGAGUCGCCGGAGUCGGACAACGAGGAGGCUACGGCCACACCGCCCAGCGACGAGCCCUAGGAGGCUCUCUCUCUGACAGUCCUUUGCACGAAAAAGGAACAGCCAGGCAAGGACCCCCUAUAACCCCUCCACCCCUACUCCUUUGCUUGGUAUUACGUUAUCUUUAUAUCCUCGUCCUACUCCUUUUCUCCCCUAAAAUUCCCCUCCUUAAAAAGAAAACGUCAACACGGAGGCCUCAAAGGAUCAGUGCUUUGUGUAUAAUUCUGAAUUUAGCUCUUAUUUUGGCGUGGUGUCUCUGGGACGGGGACAACAGGAAGGGCGUGGACCUCGUAAAACCGCCAGAGAUGAUACACCUCAGGUCUCCUGUGUAAAUUCUUAUCUGCAUGACGGGAGUUUGAUAAGUGGUUUUACUUCUCUCUCUCUCUCUCUCUUUCUCUCUCUCUCUCUCUCUCUCUCUGUCCUCAUCUCUUCUCAUCUCUCGUAUUGUUGGCAUACGUGCAUUGUACAUACCAUUGUAUGGUUAGAUCUCUGUUUCUAUGAUGAAUUUUGUGGUGCUUUUUUCAUUGUCUUAAAUAUUAUCUUUGAGGCGAUACAUCAAGGUUUAAAGCGGGACUAAUUGUACGUCCUUCGAAAAAGUUAUCUAGAAUGUUAUUGCAUAUAGACAUUAUGGAAGUCUAAUAUUUUAUAUUUGUUCCUAUAUUUAAAACUGUUUUUUGUCUUUUAUAACACUUCAUGUCUCUACAUGAAUGAGUGUACAUCCACACCGCCAGAAUGCAAAGCUUCUCUCCACGUUGACAGAGCCGAGUCUGUUCAACUGUUUCCUCAACGGAGAGAAGCACAACAGCAGAAGCCUUCGAUGCACACUCAUCAGAUCGACCGUUAAGUCUCCGUCUCGACAUGAAUCACAGAGACCCGACGAGCGAGAUUAGAUUUAGAAUAAGCCAGUCUAUGAAAUCAACUCAUCAGCAAAUCAGUUUACCUCACUGUCGAAACAAAUUGGGGGAAUUAGGUUGUUGAUAGAUGCCAGAGAUUUGUUUUUUUUCUGCAGCAGGCUGUGAUCACAUAGGACGCUUUAUGUAUCCCUGCUACUUCAAACUGGACGAACUUAAACUGUGUCGCACUUUAUUAUCACCUGGUCAGUUAAGUUAACAAGCCAAUGUUGUGCCACAAUUUGUUUCCCCUAAAAAGUGAAUUUCCCUACGUCAAGUGUCCACUGAUUCUGUGAGGAAGAUGUCUGGCUUCACAUUACUUUACAUGUUAAUCUAAUUUCCACCAGCAGGAUUCCGUUGUUCAGUGGAAAAUGUACAAAAAAGGACUCAUUGGCAGGGAAACUAAUUUAUUACAUAGUGUUGGCACAACAACAAGUGAACUGAGAUGAAAAUGAAUCCUCGAAACAGACGUCGUGUAUCCACAGACUGGCAUGUUGCCGUCCUGUUAGCGAGCAGAGCCAGCAUUCGUCUUCUCUUGCCUGGUGUUUAGUGAGUCUAUGUAACUUUUGCUGAACAGCAGCACAAGCGGCAAGAAAAGGGAAAUAUAGUGUACUGCAGAGCUGGCCCUGACCAAUUUGGUGCCCUAUAGACAAGAUUUUGGCCCCUUGUAUCGCAGCCAAUUCCACCACCAAUCUUUGUGUUCAUAUACUCACACAGAAACUGCAUAGCUUUAUAUCUUUGAGAUUAAAAUAGGCAGAUCACACUCACAAGAAAAACAAUAUUUAUCAAAAUGAUGUUGUAGGUUAUUCCCCAAACAGCUGAAUAGUCUUUCCAACUUUCCCUAAUGAAUUUAAAGUGGGAGUAACUGACGUUAACUCUUUUUAUUCAUUAGCUAUCAGGGUUAUGCAGCGGGGAACCCAGAAAAUACGGCCUAUUUAAUAGGCGACAUAGUUCUGUUGUUGUGGGCUUUUUUGUGGCAAUAUUUCCAUAUAAUAGUAUUAAAUAGUAUUAGUAAAAGAAAUAGUAAAAGUUCAAAAUUAAUUUUGAAUUUGGGACGCCCCUAUGGAUGGAUGGAUUUGUCUAUACCGCCUAUGUCUAGGGCUGGCUCUGGUGUACUGACUCAGUAAUUUCAUAAACUACCAGAACAAAUAAUGCUGUAGCAGCAAAACCCCUGAGUGUACUAAACUCAACAAGGGUGUGUUUUAUUGCGUAUGAGUUUAGCCUCACUGAGAUUUAUAUUUCCAGUUUUAUUACCACUUUUUGUUGUAGUUUUGGCCAUCAUUUUUAUCAGUUAUGCUAAUAUUGUUCUUACAACACUGACUGCUAAAUUCUGAGAUGUGACAGGUUGUAAACAAGCCAACAGUUUAGCCAGACUAUCUAAACCUCUGGAGGUAAAAGUGAACACACACAAAUUGUUGCUAAUUGUGCAGGAAAACUGUCUACAUGCACGACUACGAUGGUCCAAAGUAGCCUAUACUGGAGCAUAUGGAUCUAAGGGAACAAACUUUGUUAGAGGACUUACGUUUCGACGCCAGGUGCGUCUUCAUCAGAGUGAAACAGUGCAGAGAUUCACAUUCUCCUCAAUAACCUCCCCUAAUCAGGAACUAAUUCAGCACAGGCUGGAACCACAGGGAGGGGACAAUAAGCUCUAUGUAGGCAGGGAGAGAUAUGGCAGAUCAAAGUGAAACCAGAAAGUCACCUUUGUUUUGUCUUCCAAAUAAGUCUGACUAACCUGUUUGACCUUCUGACUUUUUUUUUGUGAUGUUGCCGUGUUCCCAAAUCUCAGCAAUUAAGUUGGUGAGUUGUCUUAGAUAUAAAAACAUUGUACUCAUUAAAGUAAUGGCUGAGAUCUUGCAAAGCGUCAUUGCUAAAAAUAUGUCAAACAGGGCAACAAACACAAGCAGUGAGACAAUCAGUUUUAAACACCGUGAUCUCACAGAAAGAUGUGAAAUGACCCCGACCUCUUGACAGAGAUUAUAUGGUGGCAGCGGCGGCACAUAAUGUGUUGAGAUUACAUGCAGCCACCAGUUUGGGUAAAAUGAGUAGGCCCAUCGUUUGUUCGGUAACUUCACUUACGUAAUUUAAAAUAAGUCCACAUUUACUUUUGGUUUCUCACGGGGCACCAACACCUGUCUCCUGGGUGAAAGUCCAGUGUUUGACUCACCCAUCCAUCCCGACCUCCUCCCUAUAUGCACUUUGAUUAAAACAUAUUUCUCUUGAACCCAGGAAUUUGUGUGUCCACAACGACAAAGGAAUCCUAAUUUCCAUUGGCAUUGUUUCUGUGGUGCUGGCACAUAAUUUUAACACAUUACAUGCCACCAUUGCGUAAUACGCUGUUAAGAGGUCUUGGUCAUUUCACGUAUUUCUAUGAGAUCAGGCUGGUUUUAAACAAGCCCCAGGUUAGCCUAACUUAUUUCGAAGAGAAAACAAAG